AUGGAAACUCUUCAGAUAGUUGUGAAAGGCAGAAAGAAAGAUGGCUGCACCCCAGGAUCACCUCCACUCAGGAUCCUCCUGGUGGGCAAAUCUGGCUGUGGGAAAAGCGCCACAGGGAACAGCAUCCUCUGCCGACAAGCAUUCGAGUCCAGGCUCAGAGCCCAGUCAGUGACCAGGACCAGCAAGGCAGAGAUGGGCACAUGGAAGGGAAGGAGCUUCCUAGUGGUAGACACACCACCCAUCUUUGAGUCAGAGGCCCAGAACCAAGACAAGGACAUUGCAGACUGCUAUCUGCUGUGUGCCCCGGGACCCCAUGUACUGUUGCUGGUGACCCAGCUGGGACGCUUCACCGCCCAGGACACCAUAGCCGUCAGGAGGGUGAAGGAGAUCUUCGGGGCAGGAGUCAUGAGGCACAUGAUCCUCCUUUUCACCCACAAGGAAGACCUGGCCAAUGAGACCUUGGAUGAGUUUGUGACCCACACUGACAACCACAGCCUGCGCAGCCUGGUCCAGGAGUGUGGGAGGAGGUACUGUGCCUUUAAUAACAGGGCUUCUGGGGAAGAGCAGCAGGGGCAGCUGGCAGAGCUCAUGGCCCAGGUGAGGGCGCUGGAGCAGGAGUGUGAGGGCUCUUUUCACAGCAAUGACCUCUUCCUUCAUGCCCAGGAGCUCCUUAGUGGUAACAACAGUGAGCGCCAAGAAGCCUACAGGUGCUACCUGGCCAAGGUGAGGCAGGAGGUGGCGAGGCAGAAGCGGGAGCUGGAGGAGCAGGAGGGCAGCUGGGUCCUCAAGGUGCUUCUCAGAGGCACAGAGUGGAUGGCUGUGCACGCUGGGACUUGUGCUAGUUUUGUAUUGUCAGUACUAAUAUUCCUUGUUAUUUUUCUGCUCAUAUGUUUUAAUGUGUGA